UUUAUUUAUUUUGUAUCACUGGUGAAUGGUUUGUCACUAUACAACGACACUAAUGUUAGCUCUAUACAAGUUCAGCCAAGUUUUUAUGUUUCUCCAACAAUUGCAAACUCAGAUAAUUAUGAAAAUGAAGUUUUUCAAGAAGCAACUGAUUCAUUAACAACUAUAACUACAAGUAAUACACCAAAACAACUCUUGCAAAUUUUUACUAUCAACAAAUUGCCUACUUUAGGCGCAGUAAAAAUACCAACAAUAAACUCAAAUGAAGUCUCUUCAACAUUACCAGUAGAAAGUUCUGAUAUAAGAUCAAUUGUUUUACUGAACAAUUCUACAUUAAAAAACGAUAGCUUAAUCAAUUAUCAAGUUUUGCCAACUGAGAGAACAACAAAUGCUAUUUUUGACACUUCCUUCAAUACUAUCUUAUUAACAAAUACAAAUAUGUCUAUUUUUCAAGUUUCAAGUGUUGCGAUUUUUUCAUUAUCUGAUAAAAAUACUCCAAACCGCAACUACUUCGGGAUUUAUUCUAAAUCAAUCACAAAAUCAAAAAGUACAAAACAAUACGUAGUUAACAUCCCUGUUUCUGAAUCUCAAACAUUAUUAGCGAUUACGACUGCAACAGUAUUGUCAUCAGUUGUGUUACCGUCAUUUGUACUUCCGACAGCAUCAUCAAAAGCUUCCGUUAACUACAACAUGAAUUUUAAAGAACAUUUUCUGGUUUGUCAACCAGACGAAAACGUUUGUUUAAACAAAGGAAUCUGUUAUAAGUCACCUAAUUUCAGAUUUUGCAGAUGCACUGGAGACUAUAUUGGAUCUUUGUGUGAAACCAAAGCAGUUAGCGGUAUUGACAGUGUUGUAGUUUGGUUAGGAACUAUCUGUGGGGGAUUACUUCUUCUUCUUAUCAUUAGCACUUAUUUUGUUCAUAUGAAACUAAACAAAGGAAAUAAAGAAAAAAAAAAGCUCGAAGAUGAGCUUCAGUCGGUUAAAAAUCAAAAUGCUAAGUUGAUAGCUGAGUCAAAAAACAGAAGACGGUUUUCAUCUAGUGAAUGUAGCUUUUACACAACUGAUUAUUACGUACCCAAACCUUAUAAAAAGAAACCAUCAGAUGCAAGUUUACAAACUAGCAAUGAACUUAAUUUUAAAUGCAAACAAGAAAACCUUAUUUUAAAUGACGUAAUUGAUGAGGAGGAUGAUGUUAAGCAAUCGGCUGUUGAAAAAUGUACGAACUCAAAACAAGAAGACAUUUGGGGAAAUAAUUGCAACGCAGAACCUGUGGCCAACAUCAAUGUAAAAGCUUCCGACCUAACACCUAUGACUUCUUCUUCAAAUCUUUCGUCAAUUAGAGCACAAAGUGAAACAGGUUUAAAUAUGCGUGUUCUAAAUAACAGAUACGAUGACAAAAAUAACUCAAAGCAUCCCUUUAGGUAUGAUGCUAAACUAAAAAACUUUGCGUACCAACAUUACAGCAAAAGUUUAGAAAUGAUAAACACUGACAGAAUGGAUUCGUUAUCUACACAAUUUCUAAAAUACAGAAGCAACGAUGAAAACAUAUUUAUAGGUAAUUUGACGUCAAAAACCAAUGAAGAACUUAAUGUAGAUGACAUUUUGAAAAAUAGAGUAAUAUUAGAAACUUUAAACAAAAGAAAACGCAAAGGAAUAUGGGCUCAACAACAAGAAAGAAAAAGGGAUUAUUGUAUUUAUUAAGUUUUUAGUUAUUAAACAACUUUUUAUUAGUUAAAAUAUUAUGCUGUAUUUCCUUUUAUAAUCCAUU